CUUUUGCUCAGCAACUCUUGAACAUGGAGCAGGCUUUCUCUAUCUAACGUCUUUCCCCCUCAAUAACCUAUUAAGUAAUGUUCGAGAUUUACACAUCGCAUUUUUUGUUUUCUCUGUGCGUUGUCUGCCCAGGUCGUAACGCACAUGACCAAUGAGCAGCUCAAGUCUCUACGAACCAUCCGAAGACGAAGAGCCGUCAGACUCUGAUCACCAGGUUGAGAAUAAGAACGAUGGGUUCCUGGGUUCGUCAGGGCUGAUCCAAAAGUCCAGGGUUUCGUCGCCUCCCAGUAGAGAUGACCAGGCUGUGUCGACCUUGGUCCCACGGGCUAGACUAGGGACGCGGUCAGAAGCCCUGGCUUAUCUGAGCGCAAGGCUAGCAUGGGCGUCUCGAGGAUCAUACACGAAACUGCUGGAGGAACAGAUUCGAGAGAAAUCGCUGAAAUCCUCAUCUGCAAGCGGAGAAAAACACAACGUUACGCAGAAUGGCGUUGUGAUUUGGAGUGGGAGAGAAAAGGAGCUCUUCUUCCAAGCGUUGAGCAGGAAGGGGAAAAAUGACAUAAAAGCCAUUGCAGAUACGAUUGGAACGAAGACAGAACUCGAGGUUCAAGACCACAUCAGGCUCCUACACAGAGGGCUAGAACUCCAGCAUCUGGCUGACAGACAUCACCGGACGAUCGUGCUAGGAGAUGUUCCGGCAGCACUUGAAGUGAGUAAAGAAUGCUGCGAGGCCUUGGAUGAGUACGCAGAACUGCUUUGUCUCGAAGAACAGAACUCGGACCGCCUCUCCGCCCAGAGACAGCACCAAGAUUUCUGGGUCAUCGAUCGUGAGAAAGCCAAAGAAUUAGAGGAGCAAUUGAAAGACCGCGAAGAUGAUGUUAGCACAGCUUGUCCCAGUAUUUUUCUCACAGCUAGCUUGCUUAACAUCGAGAAAUGGAUCCGAAUGUCUGAGCGCUUUUUCAUGAACCCCGGUGGAGCGAGAUUGAACGACAACUGGGUCAAUGUGGCUUUCGAGGAUGAGAGCCCAUCGAUGACAGCGGGCGCCUUUUCGGAUUUUUACGCGUUGACUGUCAGUAUCACCCGUCGCCUGAUACAGUCGGCGAUAUUCUUUGCCAUGUCACGCAUCCGCAACAUGAAAUCCGGUGGCCAUUACAAGGCCAAUAUAGUUAAAAUUCGCGACAUCAAGGCGGCAGUUGAUGUCCUCGGUAUGAAGCGUGACCGCUCGGAUUUUUGGGUCGGCCUGGCACGUAAGUGCAGCCUGGAUGUUGCCGAUCUUCGCCAUCGCAAAGGAUGGGAACCGUCAUACAUGAGCUAUGACGAUGUGGAAAAUAUUCUAUCUGGUAAAGCUGGAAGAAGCCCGACAGGACGGGAGUCCGAAGUCGAGAUUGAAUCAGAAGAGGAUUUGAGAGUAGAUGAUCAAGACGAUGAGGAUGUGUAUGAUGAUGCUUCUUCACCUGAGAGUCUGUCAUCCCCCCUACAGAGCUCAUCUGAGGAGGCGGAGUUCCCUGCAGACCCAGAAACAGACCAUGCAGACAGAGUGGAUGAAAAGGCCAACGCCAUUGGCGAACGAGUACUGUGGAAUUUAAUGAAACGGGGGGGCUCCCUGAGGGGGCAUGAGACGGCUUUCAAGUCCGAGGCGGACGAAGAAGACACCAAGAAGGCACUACAUCGGCCCUUGGGCGAGCGCAAGACCAAGCAAGAUCUAAUCGACUGGCGGGACCGGAUCUUAUAUCGGAGCGAGUGGGAGGAAUAUGGAUACGAGGCUUUCGAAGUUGACGAGGAGAUCACACAGAAUCGACGUAAAAGACGCCGCAUUGAACCCUACAGCCAUGGAAGCAGCCCUGACAAAUCCGGAGAUACCGCACUCGAGGAUGUUCGUGACUUGCCCCAUUCACCGCUCCCUUCGACACAAGGCCAGCCUGUCUUCUCAUUGAAAGCAGAACAGGAGACGGAGGGAUCCGACGCAGAAAGCGGUGGCAUCGGCAGCGGGAACAGUAACAGUAACAGGGCCAGCAUGGGAAUGGACAUAGACAAUGAGCCUACCUUGUGGCCCGGCAUCAAACCCACCGAAACCCCAAAUCAACCAAAAUAUAGCACCAUGUCCGAAGAUAUAUCACCAUCGCCAACAUCAGCAUCAGCAUCAGCAUCAGCAUCCUGUAUUGAGAACCUGGAUUCCAAGAGGGACUCCUCGGAUCCCCUAUCCGCCGAAGACCAAGAUGGCGGUGUUCCUUUACUGUAUAGGAAUAAUUGAUAAUAAUUCAAGAGCGAUAGCGGGUUCCUUUUGGUUAUUUGAAUGAAUAAUGGAGAUUAUACAUGGAUGAUCAAAAUGACCAUCACUAUCCUUCCUACGAGGAUUAAAAGCAGUACCGAAGACUUCAACAAGGUAUAUCAUUACUUUCAA